AUGGAGGCGGAGGCCGGCGUAGAGAGUGCAGCGCGCCAUCUCUCAUAUUUCAAGAUAACGAAGCGAGGCAGGGUGCGCAAGACAGUUCGUGAGGUGUAUCUUAGAGACGACAUUCCAUGCGGAUUCAGAGAAUGCUGUCUCUGCGGGGAUCCGGCCAAAGCUGCAGGAAGUUUGCGCGCUGAGGAUCGCGUUCUCGUGCCGGAUGCAGCCUUGCUCCUGGCGUUCAUCGACUUUGUGGAGACGGACCCCUGCAUGAGGAAUUGCCUCAUUCUUUCGACAGUCCUCAAUCAGAGGGCGCGAGCCCUGGCGACAGUCCAAAAUGCUUUUGCCUUUUCCCGAAUGAGUUUUUCUCGCAGACGUUUGUGCAACCAACGGACGGUGAGAGACCCCUUAGCGCGCUUCUUGGAGGCUGCGCCACCCUUUCACACUGAUGGCCGGCAGAUUCAGCUUGCCGCAGGCGAUGAUUGGUUGGCAGGCUUUUCCAUAGCUUGCGCGUGCGACGCUUCCUUGGAGUGCACACAUUUGGGGUCCCUCUGUGCGCCGUCCAGUCUUUCUGCGAGUCCGUUUUCUCUUUGUUCUAUGUUUAUCCCAGUGGCUUCAGUGCCACGCGGCAGCCCUUGCUGCAGCAACGCAGCCGCCGCAGGAGGCAGCAGACUUAGCCGUCGGGGGGGGUGGACCACGGGUAACAGUGUUGACGCACGAUCCGAGCUUAAAGGUGUGCACUUGCAAGGGGAACGUUGCCGUCGCAGGGACCCCUUAGCACCUUUGUACUGCCAAGGAGGCGGCAGUACAAAGGUGCUAAGGGCGGUUUGCAUCGUGGAGAGAAGUUGCGACGCGUGGGAUAUAAGGAUUGGUCGCGACGUGGAAGACGCUGGAGGGGCUGAGGGCAGCGCUUCUAAGGCUUUCUAUGAGGCCCACUGGUCGGAGCAGCGCAUUGCCGAAAGCCUGAAACGAGGGGAUAUUUUGCAGGGCAAACUCAGGAUGCUCUCGGACUGCAACUGGCGGGGUCUUGUUUUCGCUGCUGGGGAAGAAGUCCGUAUAGUCGGUCGGACGAACUUGAAUCGGGCGUUCGAAGGCGACGUAGUUGCUGUAGAAAUAAUCUCAGAUAACCCGAUAUCGGCUGCGGAUCCUAGGCCAGAGGUUCCCCAGGCCCCUCCUGUAGAGGAAGGAGGAGCGGGUCUCUCGGCAGAACUUAAAGAAGUCAAUGAAGAGGCAGACCUCUUUGCAGACGACGGAGGCGAGGGGGAAGUCGAAACCGUCAAAGAUCCGGAGACAAAUAAACCAUCGUGCUCUUCUCUGAGGGAAGGCCGCGUGGUGGCAAUUAUCCGCCGAGGACGCAGGGAAUUUUGCGGGACGUUAAGACCCAUCGACGAAGUGAAGGCGCUGAGCAUGCCCUCAUCUGCCUCUGUAGAGCGCAUUUUCGUUCCCGCGGACCGCCGCAACCCUAACGUCGUCAUCAAGACAAGACAGUCGCGCGAACUGGAUGGCAAGCGGCUCGUUGUGGCGGUGGACUCGUGGGAUCGAUAUCAUAGGCUCCCCAGGGGGCACUGGACGGAAAUACUUGGCUCUUUUGGGGACCGCAAAGCCGAGGGAGAUUUGAUUCUGCGGGAGCAAGGCAUUACGCAACGGGAGUUUUCACAGGCGGCCAUGCGGUGCCUGCCUCCUCCGGACUGGACGCCCUCUCUGCUGUCGCCCUCUGAGAAAGCACGACGGUUGGAUCUUCGGUCUGUGCUGACAUGCAGCAUUGAUCCUCCUAACUGCAAGGAUAUUGACGAUGCGCUUUCGCUCGAGCGGCUCUCGAAUGGCCGGCUGCGCGUAGGCGUCCACAUUGCAGACGUGACGCACUUUCUGAGGCCAGACACACAGCUCGACAUUGAGGCUGCGGAGCGCUGUACGACGGUAUAUCUGGUGGAGAGAAGGACAGACAUGCUGCCAGCGCUGCUGACGACGGAUCUUUGCUCAUUAGUGGGAGGCCGUGAGCGUCUUGCCUUCUCAGUUCUCUGGGAGAUGGACGCUGAUGCAAACAUUCUGCAAACGUGCUUUCACAAGACGAUUAUCAAGUCUUCUGCGGCUCUGACGUAUCAGGAGGCCCAGAGCCUUAUCGACGAUAAGAGAGACAAGUCUCCCCUAGCCGAGAACUUGCGAGAGCUUCUGCGGCUUUCGCAGAUAUUCAGGAGACGCCGCAUGGAGGCGGGGGGCCUCCAGCUGGCAAGCCCUGACGUGCAGGUUAUCAGGCAGGCCAUUGCGGAGCACGCAAACGAGGAGCUCUCUGAAGCAGAGGGAGCCUCCGGUGCAGAGGGGCAUUCCAGAGACGGCGCGGGAAAGGACCUUAGUGUGGAGACAGUCGAGCAGGAAGCAAUUGAUAUAGCACUCUAUCAGGCGAGAGAAACCAACAAGAUGGUAGAGGACUACAUGCUGCUCGCUAAUGUCUCAGUCGCCAAGCAUAUUGAGAAGUUUUUCCCGCAAAACUCGCUCUUGAGGAGGCAUCCAUCCCCAAAGACGCCCAGCCUAGAGACCCUGAAAAAGCUCCUCGAGGCCAAGGGGGUCACAGACUUCGACUAUUCGUCCUCCAAGGCGCUGAACGCCUCUCUGGAGCGAAUCGCACGUCAGAAUCCGAGUCUUGACUUUCUUCUCCGCAUAAUGACGACGCGAUGUAUGAAUCAGGCCCUCUACUUUAGCUCUGCAGAGGCUGCCACAGGCAGCACCUCAGGGAAGGGCGAAGAAGGGGGAGCUGGAGACGGUGCUGUCUCCUCUUUCUUUCAUCACUAUGGCCUAGCAGCUGAGAUCUACACGCACUUUACUUCCCCCAUCCGCAGAUACGCAGACGUUAUCGUUCACAGACUCCUCGCGGCCACCUUGGGGAUAGAGCCCAUUCCACCAAUUGCACGGAGCAGAGAAAGACUCUCUCAACAGUGUGAACUGCUGAACUUGAAGCAUCGCGCGGCCCAGAUGGCGGGGCGCCAGUCCGUACAGUUUUACGUCUACCUCUUUUUCGUUGGAAAGGGGCCACAGGAAGUCACGGCAGUUAUCACGAAGAUAAAGAAGAAUGGUGCUCUGGUGUAUGUCCACGAAUAUGGAUUGGAGGGCGUUGUGUUUGUUAGCAAGGACCUCCUCUUUGACCCGGAGACUGAGCAGCUCGUCUCAAAAGACAAUACUGUCCGGCACUCUGUCUUCAGCAAGAUGCGAGUCCGCGUGGAAGCUCAGAGUGCCACGGACUUCAGGUAAACUGUCUCCUUCCUUUUGAAAUUGUGUCUGCCCUCCGCGCGGUUUUCGUUCACUUUCUGUGCAUACAGGGCGCUUCUAGUUGGCUGCCCACUUGCUGCUGCUCCCUUGUUUGCAAUGCUCGGGGGUUGA